AGGAAUGUCCGAUAGCAAGCACACGGUCUGAUAAAACAAAAUUCGACCUGCUUUUCCUGAUCGGCCUGUCGGGCAACGUCAACAAGACAGAAUUCCAGCAGGCGUUGCAGAUUGUGGAGAACACUGUGCAGCAUUUUGACAACAUUGGUCCUGACGGAUUACAGGUCUCACUGGUGCACUUUACACACGAGCCAGUUCUGGAGUUCUCAUUCCGUAAGCACAACUGUAAGCCGUGUCUUAUCGCUGAUAUCGCCGAUACGGAAUACAUGAAUGGACUUCUUCAUCGUAGCAAUAUCACAGUAUUAAUGGUAUUAAUGAAGAACUCAAAUCCUGAACUGUUUAAGCAGUUGCUCAGUGAAAAUCCACAAAAUUUGUUUAAUGCAACAGGAAUUGAUGAAAAGCAAGUUGCCGAUGAAUUAGAGCAACGUGUCCGCUCUAUUGUGCAAGAAAAAUGGAAAAGUUUCGGCACAACGGUAACAAUAACACAUGACGAAUCAAUCAAAAAAUUUGGCGCUCAGUGUCUGGCUGAUGGAUUCAAUGUCACAGUGACAGUUCUCAGAUCAUUCGGUGGGGUUGUUGCUGUGAGAGGUAAAGCGGCAACGGGUGGUUGUUCGAAGGUAGUACAAGCCGAACAGUUCGGUGAAAACAUCACCACGCGUGAAAUUCAUCUGUUCAUUAAUUUUGAUCAGUGCGGUCUGCAUCCGCCAGGAAACAAUUUUUCGGUGGUUGUGAAUGUAAUGCAUGACAAGUGGUUGGUCACUGGUGCUGACAAAGCAUUCCUGUUGCAGUGUCACCGGGCCCGACACUCAGUGGAUGAGAAUUUAAGUGCCGAGUUGAAUAUCCGUAGAGGCAUUAAGGUUGCAGAAACAUUGCCAUUAGGGUCAGUACCGCCGCAGUGUAAAUAUACGAUCCGAAAAGAUUCUCCCGAUGGGCAGCUGGCGCAGGGUGUUGUAGUUGGCGAUCUUAUCUACCACAGAUGGGAUUGCGAAAACGACCAUCGUAUUACUUUCUCAUCUUGUUUGAGAAUUUUUUUGUCAUUUUUUGGUAAUGAAUUUUUUAUUCACACACAUAAAUUACCAAAAGAAUAUUUUUUAAUGAGUUUUUGCGCAUUUGUGCAAGUGCAAAAGCAUUGA